GAAGUUUAACCAACCCAUCAGUGUGACAAAUCUAAAAUUUUGCGCAUUUUUAGAAGCGGAUGAGCAUAUCUGCGCACAGAGAGGCACUAGUUUGUUGAAACCAAAAACAGGAGGGAACUGCAGGAGUUUAGUUUCAGACUGUGAGUGAGAAGCGGUGAAGUGGACGGAAAACUGCUCCAAUAACACCGGAUAUUUCAACAUUUCAGCGUCAUAUUUUACGCAUUUUGGCACUUUGGAGGUCGGGAAGGAAGGAAGGAACACGGGUUCGGUGGAUGAUGGCGGUAACGGUGCUGCUGCUGCUGGAGCUGGCUCUGUACGCCAGCUGUUUCGUGUGUGGGAUUGUCACCGCCGCAUCUGUAACCAUAGUCCAGGGUAAUUUCGGAGGCCUGUGCAUGCUCUAUGGGCUGGUUAACUACAGUGCAACAACAGGCCUCAUUGGAGUCCAGGCGUCCAGCUCCCCGUCUCUAUGUUACUUCGUGUCGGCCAUAUCCGUCCUGGUGGCAGUGGUGUGUUUCUCCCUGUCUCUGUACUGGCUCUACACGUUCUGCAUGGAAGGCAACAUCAGGAGGGAGCCCAUGUGGAUGAACGUCAUCGUAGUUCUGUGCGGCGUCUUCCUGUUUUUCCUCCUCAUCACCGGCUGCAUGUUGAAUAUCGGCCGUAACACAAUGUGCAACUCCGUCAGGCUAGAAGUUGUUAAUAUUACCAGCUGUGAAGAUGCCCAGACCAGACAAUGGAGCUCUCCAAUUAAAGGAGACAGAUUCUACAGCAGUCUACACAAAGCUGAGACGGCUGUGUGGGUCAACUUCUUCUUCUGGCUCAUCAUCGGCGGUCUGGUGUUUAUGCAGAGGCGUCACAGCUUGGGGACCAAACUGAUCCCAGGAGGCUCGGCCGGGGGGCUUUUCGGAGACCCGGGGGUGACGGCUGCAGAGACAGAGCCCUUUUUCAACCGUCCUGCACGACCGCAGUGAGGAGUGGCCGAGAAAACGACAAAAACACACACAGCAGCGUUGGGUUAUCUAGUGGCAGGACAUUAGUUCCACAUUUUUAACAGAAAUCUAAAUAAGGUUCAGGCGUUUGCAGUAAGUUCUACAUGUUGGUGUAGAUCACAGGUGUUAAACAUGCGGCCUGUGGGCUAAAACCGACCCGUGGGAUGAGUAUGUGAAACGCAAAAAUUACACUAAAAUAUUACUGGUGUCAAACUCAUUUUAAUUCAGGUUCCACAUACAGACCAAUUCAAUCUGAAGUGGGUCAGACCUGUAAAAUACUAUCAUAAUUACCUAGA